CCUUGACUUAUCUGCUGUUCUCAAAAGUCAACAAUUUGAGAACUGACUUUCUAGUUCCUUGUCUUGGAUUUCUUGAGCAUUGUACGAACGAGUUCCAAUCUGCGACUCGAGGAGGAACUUCUGGCAUCCGCUUGACAGCAUUCUCUGCCUCCCGUGCCUUGAUCUCUGCCUCUCGUCUCUUUCUCUCCGCUUCCUUCAAUUCCCUCUCAACUGCCCCUCUGCUUGCUUCAGCUAUUUAUAUCCUCUUCCCCUCCCAACUUGAAAACCAACAUUCGCCCCCAUCUAAUUAUCCAAAACCAAAACCCCACAUCACCUUCCCCAAAAGUCAAGAAAGCCCGCACCAACCAUAAUCAAGACUGAAGAAGGACUUUCUAGAUCGUGCUUGUUUAGACUGACGAAGUAUAUACCUCGUCCAACGAUGUCCAGAUCUGCUUCAAGCUCCCUUUUGCUAGCAAUUAAUUCAACGAGCUGGAGCCUUGAAAUGUGGGUGCACCAUAUGGGGACUACACGGUCUCUGGACCGGUACGACUCAAAGGCGAUUACAACUGCCGUUUCGGGACCUGCAACUUUCUUCGACCCAGGAAAGCCGAUGAAGGUUACCCCAGAAGAUUCGGUUGUUUUCGUGUCUGUCGAUAGUGAGGACAAUGAGCUUAGCUACGGGGACUUUGAUAACUGUUCCACAAUUCUUCGGAGGCUGUCAAGAUCUCCCUUCCAGCCACAUUUGCGAAGCUGCAAGUGGUAGAAUCGCCAGAUAGAAAAUUGAAAUAAUACGAUCUGUCUAAUUACAUUCAAGAGCUGUCGAAUUCCCUAGAAUUGAUAACGCACAUUUCACUCUCAAAGGUUGGGAGAGCGAGAAUCAAUAUUUGGAGCCUUUUGAAAGUCAAAAGUAGCACCGACAUCUAAUUCUCAAAACUUAGAAAGGAGGAAACUAAC